AUGUUUUUGAGAGACGACUGCUCAUUGGAGUUGCCCAAGACCUUCCAGAUCGACCGCAUUCCACCUGGCAACGAGAAUCUCUGCGUACACCACAUUUCAACUCUCCAAGACCCCAGUGCGAUGUUGCGUCGGCGUGAAGCAAGGGCCCCCAUUGUCAACGCUUCUAAUCAACGCAGUCAAGCUCACAUCGUCUUCCGCUGCUGCCGCCUCGCCGUCGGCCGCCUCGCCGUCGGCCGCCUCACCGUCGGCCGCCUCGCCGUCGGCCGCUUUGCCGUCGGCCGCCUCGCCGUCGGCCGCUUUGCCGUCGGCCGCCUCGCCGUCGGCAUCUCGCCGUCAGCUUUCUGCGUUUCCACGUCACGGUUUGUCGUAACUCCGGCUUUCUGUUUGAAAGCUGCACGAGUGCGCGGCCUCAGCUCUAACGAGGCUGCGACGUACGUGAGGCGCCUUAGCACAGUGUUGUGCACGGCUUUCUGUUUGAAAGCUGCACGAGUGCGCGGCCUCAGCUCUAACGAGGCUGCGACGUACGUGAGGCGCCUUAGCACAGUAUUGUGCACGGGUCUCCAGUGGAGUAUUGUGGAGCCCGCGCCAAUAGCCAAGCUGUGUUUGUCAGCGGCACAAGAGGACGCUUCAUUAUGGCAGGCUUGCCAACUGUUUGCUUUUGCCAUGUAUUUGGGUUUUGCGUCUCACAUGGCGAUUGGCCAUGUGAACGAUACCCGCUUAUUUAUCGGAUAGGUUCAUGACUUGAUUGAGGAGGCGGGGACUUCCUGCAGAGCAUUUGCACAAUGGGUCAUAUCGCGGGUAGGGAGGACUUUCGUUUGUGUGUGUGUGAGCAGCACCUCGGCAAGUGGCAAGUUUGCUUGGCUUAUGCAGACUUUGUCAUUAGUGCAACUCAUGCAUCAGGAUGCUGCUGUCUUUGCUGCUCUAAUUGCCAAGCCUCGUCAAUCUUGUAACACAAGGACGAAUUU